CACAAGCAGGCUUUGCACAUCCCUUCGAAAAAAACACUCGCAACAUAUUUUAUUUCGCUUGCACAAACGCCGCCGACGAACGCAAAAACGCGCGCAGAACCGCAAGGACAACAGCUGCAGCAACAAGAACAACUAACUAGCAACUAUAUAUCUUUGACCAGCUGCCGGAAUAACUGAAUCGAAGUUGCGAAAAUGGAUGACUCACGCGAAGAAAGCCAGUUUAUUGUGGACGACGUGAGCAAGACGAUUAAGGAGGCCAUUGAGACGACCAUCGGUGGAAAUGCCUACCAGCACGACAAGGUGAACAACUGGACCGGCCAGGUGGUGGAGAACUGCCUCACCGUCCUGACCAAGGAGCAGAAGCCCUACAAGUACAUUGUGACCGCGAUGAUCAUGCAGAAGAACGGAGCAGGACUGCACACCGCUAGCUCCUGUUAUUGGAACAACGACACCGAUGGAUCCUGCACCGUGCGCUGGGAGAACAAGACCAUGUACUGCAUCGUUUCGGUCUUCGGACUGGCCGUUUAAACUGGAGUAUAAGAACUCGGGGCUGAGGGACUUCUAACUCGGGGGAUCACCCGUGACUGGAAGUCAAUAAUCGCAACUAACUGAUAAGGGGGAGGGAUUAACAAGAUUGCCGUCGUACACACACCCACACACAACACGAAAACCACACGCACUUUGAUUGGCCAUCCUGCUGCAAGGAAGAAAUUAAAUGUAAAACUCUAAGCAACCUUGUUGUUUCCAAGCAACUAUUCGUUGCCCGUGUACGCGCCCAAUGUUAUUCUUGAUUUUCAAUGUAAAAUCCUAAAUAAAAAUAUUUAAAAAUAA